GUGUUCAUCCUCCAGGUCCACACGUUUACGAUCCAUGAAUUAGAGUGCUCAUGCCGACUAAUAAUUAGAGUGCCCCUAUAUAAUGCUUGCUUCAUACAAAAUUAGUUUUGAAGUAGAUAGUUAUCACAAUUCACAUAUAAGAGAGCAUGGAAUUCUCCAUUUCAUUCUACAUAUUCAGUGUUGCUGCAGUAAUAGCAGUAGCAGUGGGCUCCUGGGCUUCCCCUGUUGUGGGCUCUCCUGAAAAAGAAGCAAAGGCUCUGCUUGAAUCUGGUUGGUGGAGUGGUGAAUAUCUCAACUCCACCACCACAACUCCUUGCAAGUUGCCUGGCGUUACUUGCAAUCUUGCUGCAACCAUCACUCAUAUUUCUCUACAUGGAGGUUCUCUAUACAAAUUGAAUAAUCUUGGGAGAUUUCUUAAUGGGUCUUCGUUUCCGAAUUUAGUCCACUUGGAUCUUGCUGGAUUCGGACUCACUGGGAGCAUCCCGCCAGAGAUGGGCACUCUUUCGAAGCUCACCCACCUCAAUCUCUCAGAAAAUAAUUUAACAGGUGAGUUACCUCUUUCAUUAAGAAACCUCUCCCAACUGGUGACGCUUGACAUUUUUGGGAAUUGCAUCAACGGUUCAAUUCCACCAGAAUUAGGCAAUUUGAACAGUCUUGUUUCAUUAAACUUGAGCUUCAACUACUUGUCUGGUCCAAUCCCUUCAUCCCUUGGUCAUUUGUUCAAUCUCACACAUCUCGACAUUUCAUAUAAUGAAAUCCAUGGUUCCAUACCCACUGAGAUAUGUUCCCUUUCUAAACUCAUUUCUUUGGACCUCAGUUACAACUCAAUUGUUGGACAAAUACCGUCUCUGGGUGGUCUUGACAGUAUAAAUCAAAUUGACUUGUUCCACAACCACUUCAACGGAACCAUACCCACUGACAUAUGUUCCCUUUCUACACUCAUUUCUUUGGACCUCAGUUACAACUCAAUUGUUGGACAAAUACCGUCUCUGGGUGGUCUUGACAGUAUAAAUCAAAUUGACUUGUCCCACAACCACUUCAACGGAACCAUAUCCACUGACAUAUGUUCCCUUUCUACACUCAUUUCUUUGGACCUCAGUUACAACUCAAUUGUUAGACAAAUACCGUCUCUGGGUGGUCUUGACAGUAUAAAUCAAAUUGACUUGUCCCACAACCACUUCAACGGAACCAUACCCACUGACAUAUGUUCCCUUUCUACACUCAUUUCUUUGGACCUCAGUUACAACUCAAUUGUUGGACAAAUACCGUCUCUGGGUGGUCUUGACAGUAUAAAUCAAAUUGACUUGUCCCACAACCACUUCAACGGAACCAUAACCACUGACAUAUGUUCCCUUUCUACACUCAUUUCUUUGGACCUCAGUUACAACUCAAUUGUUGGACAAAUACCGUCUCUGGGUGGUCUUCACAGUAUAAAACAAAUUGACUUGUCCCACAACCACUUCAACGGAACCAUACCCACUGACAUAUGUUCCCUUUCUACACUCAUUUCUUUGGACCUCAGUUACAACUCAAUUGUUGGACAAAUACCUUUUAAAUUUCACCAUCUCACAAGCUUGACCUCCUUGAACCUUGCCUAUAACAAUCUCAGCGGUGGAAUCUGCAUUUUUAAUCAACAACAAUUGGAUUUUUCUGAUUUAGAAGGCAACAAAGAUUUAUGCUUUGACUACGAAAUUGGCUGUCACUGCUUUGUUGCUGACCCAGCAGCUACUGAUAAUCAGGGUGUCAUUCACAAAGUUGAGCCCCACUCCCAAAAAAUCAGAGUCAUUGUUGUUCUUGUAUCAGUUAUUCUUGCCUUAUCUUCUAUUGUGCUCAUAGCAAUCUUCUACAUAUGUGGGUGCAAAAAUAGAAAGCAUACCCAACCACUUGGUGAGAUAAAUACAACAAAGAAUGGAGAUAUAUUUUCAAUAUGGAAUUAUGAUGGGAAUAUAGCGUACAAAGACAUUCUACAAGCAACAGAGGAUUUUGACAUAAGGUAUUGCAUUGGCACCGGUGGUUAUGGAAGUGUCUAUAAAGCACAACUUCCUAAUGGCAGAGUAGUUGCUUUGAAAAAACUUCACACUUCAGAGAUUGAACACCCUGUUUUGAGUAAGAGUUUCAUAAAUGAGGUGAAAGCAUUGACAACAUUAAGACAUAGGAAUAUUGUGAGACUCUAUGGUUUUUGUUUACACAAAAAGUGCAUGUUUUUGAUUUAUGAAUAUAUGGAAAGAGGAAGCUUGUUUUGUGUCUUGAACAAUGAUGUGGAGGCAAUGGAAUUAGAUUGGAGGAAGAGGGUGAAUAUUAUCCAAGGCAUAGUGAAUGCCUUAUGUUAUAUGCACCAUGGUUGUACUCUACCGAUAAUUCAUCGCGAUGUAACCACCAGCAAUAUUCUACUAAACUCUGAACUAGAGGCUGUUGUAGCGGAUUUUGGCACUGCAAGACUUCUCGAUCCUAAUUCGUCUACUCAAAGUAACAUACUUGCCGGUACCUAUGGUUAUAUUGCUCCUGAGCUUGCCUAUACUAUCGUUGUAACUGAGAAAUGCGAUGUAUAUAGCUUUGGAGUGGUGGCACUUGAAACGCUAAUGGGAAAGCAUCCAAAAGAAGUGUUAUCAUCAUUAUCAUCACCUUCAACACAAAAUCUACUGCUAACUGAAAUAUUAGACCAACGAUUAACACCACCGAGAAGUCGGUCGGCAGUGCACGGUGUUGUUCUUGUUGCUUCAAUUGCAUUUGCAUGCUUAAAUGCUAAUCCAAGGUAUCGACCAACCAUGGAAGGUGUUUCCAAAAAAUUUAUUGAUCGUUGGACGCCAUUUGCCGAUCAUUGUUUCCAUGAAAUUUCAAUAGGACACCUCAUGAACCCACAAGCACUCUGCAUAAAUGGUUAGGUGAGACAGGUAAUAUUAAAUAGUUAGAACAACUCAUCCAAUUUUCAAGACUUGGGGCAUAAGUUUAUAUAUAGCAAAUAUAUUUUGUUUUUUUUUGUUUUUUACUUCCCUUAAUCAGUUAUUUUUUGUUAUUCUAAAUUUGUGCUGUCCUCCGAUUGUUUCAACUAUUGAAAGAAUAAUUUCUUAAGUAUUAAAUGCAUGAAUUUGACUAUCUUUUAGAUUUCAACAUUUUUCGAUUUAAGAUCCUAUAUUUUUUUGGAUAGAAAUUUAAGGUCCUAUAUAUCUUU